CAAUUGAGGCCUAAACUUGUUAUUCAUUUCCAAAACAAUAUCCCCAUAUAUCUCCAUUUGGUUAUUUCCCAAUAUGGUUGUAACAAUGACACCAUACCACAGGGUGUAGACCAUGGCAGCACCCCCAAAACCAAAAUUCGUCUGCUUCUCCUUCGCCGCCUACGCCAAGACCCUCAUCGCCUACCUCAAGUCUCUCGACAUUCCGAUCCUCCCAGGCCUCACCGAUCGAGAAUUCGCUUCCAUUGAAUCCACCUUUCACUUCACUUUCCCUCCCGACCUUCGCUCCAUCCUCCAGGAAGGCCUCCCCGUUGGUCCCUCUUUCCCCAACUGGCGCUCUUCGUCUCCACAGCAGCUCCAGAUUCUCCUCAAUCUACCUUUCUUGUCCCUCUCCAAGAACAUCUCUCUCCGGGAAUUCUGGUGCGAUUCCUGGGGCCCAAAACCGGAGAGUAAUACCGACGCUUUCUCUUUGGUCAAACAAUUAUCCCAAAAGGCGCCGGUUCUUGUACCAAUUUAUAAAAACUGUUAUAUCCCUUCGUUGCCGAAUAUGGCGGGAAACCCGGUUUUUUAUAUUGACAGUGAUGAUGUUAGGAUCUUGAGUUUUGAUGUUACAAGGUUUUUUCAAGAGGUUGAGUUCGUGCAAGUCGGCGGUGUUCUGAAGGCCCCUUUUCCGAGAAAGAAAAAUAACGUCAAUAUGCCCGCGUGGGCGGCAACCUCGGCACGGAGGGUUGAGUUCUGGACGGAGGUGGCGGAGAGGUGGAGGAGGGCGGGGGAUUGGUGGAAGGAUGGCGGGCACUUGGAUUUAGAGGGUUGUUUGGAGGAGGUAUUUUGGAGGUUGAAGAGCGGAGGGUGGAGGGAGGAGGAGGUCAGGGAGAUGAUGAUGAUGGACGGCGGAGAUAACGCAAAAUGCGGGGCCCAAUGGGUGAGAACUAGAGGAGGUGUGGUAUGGCACGUGAGGGUUUUGUCCCUUGUGUUAUUGCGUGCGGGAUGGAGCAAGGAGGACGUGCUGUAUUCGCUUGAUCUUAAAGAUGAUGACAAGAAUGAUAAAGACCGUGUGGUUUGAUUGGGGGAAAUCCAACAUCACACAGGCUGUUGCAUCGAGGAUGAUCUUCAAAUCACCAGUUAUCAGACGGUUGAUGCAGGUGCACCAUUUUUAUGUCAUGGAUACUUUCUUAUAUGCCAUUAGGUUUUCUCAUUUGACAUUGGGUAGAGGUGAUACUAUUUUUUUUUUUUUUUGGGUACAUUUGAUAAUAAGUUCUUUUUUUUUGG